AGCAGAGCUGUGAUUGGUUGCUGUGGACAAAUCACUUCACUUUUUCUCUCAUGCAGUUUGAUAAAUCUGGGCCUAUAUGUUUUCAGUUUUGUAAAAACUGAGGAAAAAAACACUACGUGACUAAGAUCUUUGAAUAACCCUUAGUUAUCUGGCAGUAUUUGCUGAUAAAUAUUUAAAGUGUAUGACAUGUUAUAGAGGGAGCAAAGUCCAUGCCUAUAAGGUUUUCUUUACCUUCAGAAUUAAAAUGUUAGCAAAUCCUCAUUGUAUUUUAAGAAGUAGAAGUGUUCAUUUUAAAGUUAUCCUUCUUUUCUUUGAUCUGAAAUUUUUAGCACAAAAACAACUAUUGCCUUUCUGUGCAUAAGGUUUAUGUGCGUGACUACAGUGAAUGUAGUACAUGUCUUUACAAUUUCCUUUCUGGGAGGGGUUGUGCUCAGUGUAGUAGGAAGUCACAGGAGGCCUUAUUAAGGAGCUAGUUCUCAAGAACUAGUCAAGGAGUCUUCAUGGAUCUCAGCACAGCUCUUUUUCUGGGGCUGAUCCUCCUAGUGUGUUUACUAUGGAAGAUGCGUCGUCCCAAAGGUUUCCCUCCUGGACCUACGCCUCUGCCUGUGUUUGGGAACUUGCUGCAGAUGGACUUCUCAAAUCCCCUGGAGGGACUGAAGAAAUUUUCCAAAGAAUAUGGUCCUGUGUACAGUAUCUACCUGGGAUUUACUCCAGCUGUAGUUGUCCGAGGUCUUAAAGACCUUAAAGAAGUUCUUGUGACUAAGGGUGUUGAAUUUGCAGACAGGCCUGAGCACAGGAUUUCCCAAGUCAUCUCUCGUUCUAAAGGGCUGGUUGUGGCCCCCUAUGGACGAGGAUGGAAGGAGCACAGACGCUUUACUCUGUCUACAUUACGGAACUUUGGCCUAGGUAAAAAGUCUAUGGAGGAGAGAAUUUGUGAGGAGAGCGUAUACCUCAUUGAGGAAUUAAAGAAAAAUAAAGACUCUCUCUAUGAUCCACAUUAUGUACUUGAAAAUGCUGUAUCCAACAUAAUUUGUUCCAUUGUGUUUGGGAGACGCUAUGAUUAUGAUGACUCAACAUUUCGAGAUAUUCUUACUCUUGUGCGUGAAAACAUGAAGAUGGCAACACAGUUCUGGGCGCAGCUCUACAAUGCAUUUGGAUUUGUCAGGUAUCUUCCCUUACCACAUCAGAAGAUGUUCAGAAAUGUAAAAACUGUCUUUGGGUUUCUUGAGAAGGUUCUGGAGGAGCACAAGAGAACCAGAGUACCUGAGCAACCAAGAGACUACAUAGACUGCUAUUUAGAUGAAAUGGGCAAGGAGCAUGAAGAUGACAACAGGUCAACCUUUGACAAUGAAAAUCUGUUUACAUGUGUGGCAGAUCUUUUUGUGGCAGGCACAGAGACCACAUCUGCAAGUCUGGACUGGUGUCUUCUUUAUAUGAUGCUGUAUCCAGAUAUUCAAGAAAAGUGUAGAGAAGAAAUAGACAAGAUUCGAGGAACAAGAGACCAUCUUGACUACGAGGACAGAGUGCAUAUGCCAUACACACAGGCUGUUUUACAAGAAGUCCAACGAUUUGCCUCAGUAGUAGCACUGGGAGUUGCUCAUUCACCUAUAAAAGAUGUACAAUUAAAAGGCUACACUAUUCCAAAAGGAAUAACAAUUAUCACAGAUUUGUCCUCGUUGCAUUACGAUGAAAGUCAAUGGAAGUAUCCAUAUGAGUUUAAUCCUGAGAACUUUCUGAACAAGGACGGAGAGCUUAAGAAAGUAGAUUCUUUUCUACCAUUCUCUGCAGGGCCCCGGGUUUGUCUUGGAGAGAAUCUUGCUCGCAUGGAGAUUUUCCUAUUCUUCACUAGCAUGCUGACACACUUUGAAUUCCAACUGCCAGACCCAAAGUCUCCUCCAAGCAUCACUCCACUUUUUGGGAUAUCUCAGACUCCUAAACGGUUCAAAACUAAACUUGUACAACGCGUAUAGAUGAGAUGUUGUGAUGGCAAAUGUGUGUUACAAUAUGUAUCCCUUGUGGCACUUGAGCAUUAACUUUGAGAAUACCUUCAAAAGCCAAUAAAUUGCUUGUUUAGUGUUUUUUGUUUAGUUGAGCAUGGAUCAAAUCUAGUCAUUGAGAAUUGCAAUUCAGUAUCUUUAUCUAAAUACAGCCACAAUUUAUGGAUGAUUUCUACUCCUACUUUGUGUUAUUUUUAUUACUUAUAUAGUAACCAGAAGUUGCAUUAUCAUUAGAGUAUGGAACACCUUUAGAAGAGGGAACAUAUAGAGCAUCCAUUGUCUAAAGAUAAGAAAAACAAAAACUAUUGAAAUCAACAACCAUAAGUGACCAUGGUGUGACCGUGACAUCACGAGCCUCCACCCCGCAUCGCCAGACAUCCGGCAUGGAGCGAAGUUCGCUCCAUGCAUCGGAUGUCAGCAGCGAGACCCCCGCAAUCAGAUAUCUUAUCCCCUAUCCUUUUGAUAGGUGAUAAGAUGUCUAGGGACGGAGUACCCCUUUAAAGGGUACCUCUCAUCAAAAAAACUUUUGAUAUAUUAUAGAUUAAUGUAUGCAGAAUAACUUCACAAUUGCAUGUUA